CCUCGCUCGUCGCUUUUCGCGUCCAUAUCCUCCGCAAAGGCCUCCACCAUGUCCGCCUACCGCAGACGGGACAAUGCGGCCUCCGGCUACUCGAGCGCGGACGCCUAUCGCGCCGUCCCCAGCACCUCUCCGUCCCUCCAACAUGCACGCGCCGUGAACAGCAAUGGCGCCGCAUCGUCCUCGGAAGAAGACCACCUCACGUCCCAGGCCACAUCGCCAGCACCAGUCGCGAAUGUGUUCGUGCGCACCCGCGCAGGCUCUCGCUCUCGCCCGCGCCGCGAUUCCCAAGAACAGGGCGGCGAGCCGCUUAGCCCCCCACGCCCCGGGUUCCUCGCCGGCGACCGACGGUCGUGGUCCGCAUCAAGCGGGGCUAGCGAAGCCGAAGGCAACAGCGACUCUGAUGUCCCCGCGGCAGGCCUGGCCGGGGUAGGCGCCGGGGCUUCGCAGUCCGCGCGCCCACCGGCUGGUACAAAUGCAGGACGUGUUCCCGUCCGCGGUCACGAUCGUGUCCGCAGCAAUAGCAACAGUCAACAAGCUGGUCGCUCUCCCGCCGUCGCCCCCCAGACCCGUGCCCGCAACCACCGCCGACGCUCAAGCAUGGCCAACGAGUACGCCUAUGCCGGGUCUGCAGGCGAGGAGGAGCCCCAGUCGCCAUCGUCGCAGGGCCACUCGUCGUUCGGUAUCAGCAACCCCUUUGGCACACCGAACGACACCCCGCGCAACUCCUUCUACGGCGCACAAGGUGCACCAGCCGUGCCCGAGAAGAUCAACCGCUCGCCCCCUUCGGCGUUCCCCUCCUUCCCCUUCCAAAGCCAUGCAGGCAACCCCGACCCCGGCACCGUCAUUCCCGGCAUUGGGCGGCGUGAGUCGCUAGACUCUCUCGCUGCCCUCGCGCAGAACGGCCAGAUCCUACACACUCCUGCCAAUCUCAACAACCACCCACUUUCCCCGCCCGGAAGCGGCACCGCCUACCCCACUGGCGCUGCCCCGGGCGGCUACGGCCUCGUUGAGGAGAGUGAGGACCUCGGUCGUCCCUUCGCUCCUUUCAUGGGCGACGUCCCCGAGCGCGCGCAGACGCCAUCCAGUGCCGGCAGUCAGCUCUAUCGCAACUCUGCCGCCGCGGCCGUAUCAGGCAAGGGCGAAUACGCUGACUCUUUGUAUUAUUCAUCUGAAAUAGGCAGCGACAACGGCCAUGGGCUUCCACGGACCGGCAGCGGGCAGCAGAUCAGCAUGCGCGCGCCGUUCCUCAGCCCUGCAAGCCGUCCGACGAGCAGCCUAUGGGCACCUCCGAGCUUCCCGUAUGCGUACCCGCCUGGUAGUGGGAGCAGCACGGCUUUGGGCGGCUACGCGGGCAGUGGUAUUUUGGGCCAGUACUCCAGCUACGCCGACAUCCAAGCGCAGCUCCGCAAGAGCAAGCCAAUAAUGCCAUCGUCGAAGAUCUCGCAGAAGCUGACGAAGGAGGACAAACCGUGGUUGUUGCAGAAGGACAGCAGGUCGCGCGCGAGCUACUGGCUGACCCUCGCCGGUGUCUUCGCGGGCAUUGCGGGCGCGGCGGUCCUGUGCUACUUCACCUGGGUCGACACGUACUUCCUCGCGGAUAGCCAGGUGUGCUCGUACUUCUACGACGACUUCAGUGGUGGCCUGGAUACGACGAACAAUUGGAACACGGAUAACGAGCUGGGUGGUUUCGGGUGAGUAGUCGCUUUUUGGACGCAUAUAGUCGAGUGCGGUUCCGCAUCGAGGGCAUAGAGCCUGGUGUGGGCCUUUGUUGGGACGCAUAUAGUCGGGUGGGGUUGUCGGAGCGCAUACAGUCCAGUGUGUGGGUGGCGGGAGCAGGAUGCGUUCGCGACGAGCCGCUGCAGUGGGCGUACGAUUGCUUUUUUAGGCAGCCGCUGG